AUAGUUAACAUUUUUAACUCCAGGGGAAGGCUGGGACUGUUACCAUGCUCCUUCCUCUCCUCCUCGUCCUGUUCCUCCCAAUUACUCCUCUCCCUCUCAGUAUGUCUCUCCACCCCUACGACACAACCCCCACACACCCUCAGAACCUUGUUCAGUAUCCGGUUAUUUUCAAAUCUCAACGUGUUGGGAUAGUCCGUCUGAUUCACAUGCCUCAGAAACUGUCCCCCUUCCCAAAAGUAACAUUCACCACCUGGCUGUACUUAAGGAACUAUUGUAAGGAACCCGGAAAUGAACGCUGUACGAUUCUGAGUAGGAUCGAUAAAAAGGGGCAACCUCAGAGUCCAUCUCUUUAUUUAACAAAUGAAGGGAAACUGGUUUUCUUUGCUCAGCUUGUCUCCGGUCCCGCGGAUUUGGUUAUUUCAGGAUUCACACUACCAUUACAUCAGUGGGUAUCAGUCCAACUAAACAUCUACAAGUUACAGAUGCAGGUACUGGUAAGGUACAGGAAUACAGAGGAGGUGGGGAAGAUGUUCUACACAUACGAUCACAUGAUCCAGCUAAACUAUGUGCAUUUUGAUUGGAAUUUGGGUGGGAAUUUGUGGCAUACUUCUGUAGAUGGAGCGGUGGGGAUGACAGAUAUUUAUGUUAACCAGCAUGUGGACCCGGGGAAGAUUAGCUGGCCGACUAUCAAGCACGCUAUGUUCAAAAUAGGUAACGGUACGACACCUACCUGUAACAUGAUGAGGUACAAUCUGUACGAGCUUAUGGGAAGCAAGACCGGCUUCAAACCCUCCAAGACUACAUUCUUACAUUCCAAGAUGAGAAGGAACAUGAUGCGUUUGAGGAUACGGCUAAUAAAGUGGGAGAACAGCUCCUUAAACAGGCUUAUCCUCUGCUAGAUGACGGCAAAGUAAUUGAAGGCUACAAACUCCUGGCACAGGCAGAGUGUUACGGCAGUAUAAACGCAACCUACACCAGGGUGGUGCUAGAAGCACCCGACUACCCUCCCAACGGUAAGGAGUUCCUGGAGGGGUCCCUGAAAGGGGACAUUCUCAGCGACCUAGCGCUCGCUUUCAGGCACCGACUCGACACCCCAUCUGAGAUUCCCGCGGAUUGUGAGUCAGCCAUGGUUUACUACGAGAGGUUAGCGCUGGAAGCACACGAGACCAUGAACAAUGUGACCCUGCACAAUGUGUGGGCGGAGACAGUGAAGCUGAGCUCGGAGAAGGAGCUCUUUGAUCAGGAGGGGGAGGCAGGAGAGCAGCAUAGGAAGAACGUGGAGCUGGCGGUGGAGGGUGAUGUUGAGGCGGCUAAACGGCUGGGAGCUCAGCAUUUGGUGGGGUCCCAUGGUAGGAGCAAGGAUCUGAACAAGGCUUACGGUUACUACAAGAGGGCGGCAGACCAGGGAGACUUGCAAGCCAUUCACGAGACAGCUCUCAUGAAGAUAAACGGACACGGGACAGAGAAAGAUAAGGAAGGAGGGAUGGAGAUGUUGAUGAAAGCAGCAGAGGCAGGGUUUGUGUUGAGUCUAGCCGGGCUGGGUUGGUUCCACAGUGAGCACAGUGGUAAUCUCACUGAAGCACUAAAGUACUACAAGCAGGGAGCAGCUGCAGGGGAUAUAAACUCCAUGUACUCGCUCGGAAUGGUUUAUGCUCGACCUGACUGCCCGAGGACCCAAUCACAAGAGGCUCUCAAGAACUUUGAAAAAGCUGCAGCAGAGGGUCACAUCGCUGCUGCCCUGGAAUCUGGAACACUCCACAAGUUUGGACUAGGUACUCCGAGGAGCUGCAACAAAGCAGUACGGUACUACAACUGGAUAGCGGUCAAACACGACAAGCUCGCCAGACUUACCCGACAAGCUCUUGACCACUACUUCCUGAAGGAAUACCAAAAAGCGUUUGUUCGUUACCAGCUAGCCGGGGAAGCAGGAUGUGAAACAUCCCAAUAUAACGCAGCAUACCUGACGGAGAAGGAAAACAGCAAAACAUUCCACCCCAGCAGCUCAGCGGCGCUCUACUAUUACAGCUUAUCAGCACUUCAGGACAACAGACAAGCGGAACUUGCUCUGAAGUUGUACAACACAAACCUGGCACUCGUGAAUAAAGAGGUUCAAGAGAUAGUGGGCUCCAAACACAAGAUACGGACUGUAAAAGCAGCUAAGGUGCAGUUCAGGGGACAUAUUCACGAGAUAAUGACAUAUCAGGAUGAUUAUAAUGUGACGAUAGAGUAUUCCUCUGCAGAGAGGAUGGCUGUUGGAGUGGAGCUGGUGUCAGUGGAUCCCUCCGACAUCAACAAGACUCUCAAGGUUUGGUCUCAGAAGCUGAUAAUAUCAAGUAAAAACAGCUACAAAACCAGAACCAAGGUGAAUCUGGCAGUGCCUAAAGCACUACUCCAGCUACCAGACAGGGAGUAUAACGUCCUGGGUCAAACUAUACAACUGAGAUGUUGGAUUGCUAACAUAGACAUAUGGGCAGACAACGAGCGAGCUGUGUACGAAUACUCUCGAGAUCGCAACUCUAUCGAGAUCAUAGGACCAUGGACCUCAGUUCAUAAGUUUGAGAAACUCACAAUGUGCCCAUCUCUUACAGUCUGGAUCCUAGCUUUACAGGAUCCUAAAUUCCCACAAUGUCCAGUAAAACAAGACUGGACCAACAAGGGGUACCCCUUCAUAAUGGACGGUAAAAAAUGCGGGAUAGCUAUCAAGGAUGAUGACUUUGUUUCACAAGAUGAGGGUACGGUUACGUUGAGUCUGUGGUUCAUGAUGACUAACAAGUGCCAUGCAGAGCAAUGCAGUAUCCUUUAUAGGUUUGACGACUCGGGCAGCCUCUUCUCCCCACUGAUUACUAUAGAUCAGAAAGGUAAACUCCACAUCACAGUAUUCCUUGGCAAAGAAGGCAGGAUAGGAGCCAUUGACGAGCCAGUACCCUUCGGAAAGUGGGUCCACCUCGCUAUCUCAAUAAAAGGACCCCUCCUAGUCGGGUGUACCAGCACUGGAAAAACAAGCGCUGAUCCAAAGUGCCAAUACUGGCGCUUCAACGAACCUAUAAAUUACAAUGAGAACGAUGGUAUGUGGAUGAUGGGAGGUAACUUUUACCUACCCGGACCCACGGGAUAUUUUGGGAGUUUGAGGUUGUACAGAGAUCAGUUUCACGAUGCGAGCAAACUCAUGAGAGCGGUUUCAGAGCAACCAGAGGGUAUUUGGGACACGAAUAGUAGAAAAGGGUAUAGCAAGUGUAAAAAGACUUUUACAUGAGCGAUUUUUAUUUAUAUGAGCGAUGACCCC